GCUUUGUGUCCGUUGAGACGUUGGAGCUUUUUACUGUGUGUCUCUUCUUUCUUAAAGCAUCAAAGCUCUCCAUUUCUCCCCCUUUUGUCUCCGCGCUUCAAAGUCAUGUCUAAAUUUUCCAUCAAUCAAAUGCAAUCUGAUUACUAAAAUCCUCAGAAAAUUUCACCUGGCCGGAAACAAUGUCAGUAUCCGGCGACAUCGCCUCCUUCCAAGACAAAUUGAGCUCAAAAACAUCCAUUCUCAGCCUCAAACUCUAUGUUCUUAUUGUAAUUCUCUUAACAUGCACGGCUUUACUUUCUUUAUUAAUCUGUUUAUGGUUUUGCUUCGCCAAGAACUCGAGAAAGCAAAAAAUGAGAGUCAAACACAGCUCAGGUUCAAUCCCAUUGGUGUCCAAAGAGAUCGUGGAGAUCAAAGAUCUGGGUCUUAAACAAGAGGGUAAAGUUGGAAAAGAGGGUGAGAUUGUUGUUGCCGUUGGAGUGGGGACGAAUAAGAAGAAUAUAAGUGAAGAAGAAGAAGAAGAAGACAGCGAUGACGUGUCAGCUAAGACAAGUGACGCGUCGGUGGACAUUGGUUGGGGCCGGUGGUAUACCUUCCGGGAACUGGAGAUUGCGACACGUGGAUUCGCGGAGGAGAAUGUGAUCGGUGAAGGUGGCUAUGGAAUUGUCUACAGAGGUGUUUUACAAGACGGGUCUGUGGUAGCUGUGAAGAAUCUUCUUAACAACAAAGGGCAGGCAGAGAAGGAGUUCAAGGUGGAAGUUGAAGCCAUUGGAAAAGUUAGGCAUAAGAACUUGGUGUGUUUAAUUGGAUAUUGUGCAGAAGGGACUCAAAGGAUGCUUGUAUAUGAAUAUAUCAACAAUGGCAAUUUGGAGCAAUGGCUGCAUGGUGAUGUCGGCUCCGUUAGCCCUCUCACAUGGGAUAUUCGAAUGAAGAUCGCCAUUGGGACAGCAAAAGGGCUUGCCUAUUUGCACGAAGGUUUAGAGCCAAAAGUUGUUCACCGUGAUGUGAAAUCUAGUAACAUUCUUCUAGAUAAGAGCUGGAACCCAAAAGUAUCAGAUUUUGGAUUAGCCAAGCUCUUGGGAUCUGGGGCUAGCUAUGUUACUACACGAGUAAUGGGAACAUUUGGAUAUGUCUCUCCAGAGUAUGCAAGCACUGGCAUGCUAAAUGAGGGGAGUGAUGUGUAUAGCUUUGGAGUUUUACUCAUGGAAAUGAUUACAGGAAGGAGCCCAAUCGAUUAUUCAAGACCACCUGGGGAGAUGAACUUGAUUGACUGGUUCAAAGGAAUGGUAGCAAGCCGCCGUGGAGAAGAGCUUGUGGAUCCUCUAAUAGAAGUUCAGCCAUCUGCAAGAGUUCUGAAAAAGGCAUUGCUUGUUUGUCUCCGUUGUAUAGAUUUGGAUGUGCAUAAGCGACCAAAGAUGGGACAAAUUGUUCAUAUGCUCGAGGGAGAUGACUUUCCUUUUCGUUCUGAACACAGAUUCCCACGCGAGAAAGAUUCUAAACCAGAGAAAGAUCCUAAUCUGUUGCACGAACCUGUGCUGGACAAAGUUGUACAGCCAGCCAAGCGCACCGGAGGUGGUGAUGUUGAGAGGCAAAGAUGGAGAUGAUCCUUGUCAGGCGGAGGAGGGACGGUAGAAUAAUUUUCUCACACACCUUUGAUGUGCGUAUAUUGUUUUAAUUACUUUCUUUCCUUAGCCAAUUUUCUGUUACCUUUUGUUGAUGAAUGGCGGCAUUUUACAUCAGAACAAGCCUUGUAAAUAUGCACUUCAAUUUCAGUAUGUGAAAGUUUAUCA